AAAGCAUAAACAACUCACACGUUGCGGGAAAAGAUAAGCAGAAACCCUAUUCUAUUCAUUUUUUCUCGCUCUCUCUUUAUUUCCACUGUCAGUAGCCGUUUUUUUUGCUUCCCGCUCCGCCGCCACAGCCAUAUUUUUGGGCGCUAAGGUUCUCAUCAAGCUCUGGUCGUCUUUGGUUUGUACUUAGCACAUUACAUAUCUGUGAAAAUGAAGAAGAAAAUGAUAGCUAUUGGUUUCGAAGGAUCAGCCAACAAAAUCGGUAUCGGUGUUGUAACAUUAGACGGCACCAUUUUAUCGAACCCACGUCACACCUACAUUACUCCACCCGGCCAAGGUUUCCUUCCACGUGAAACUGCUCAACACCAUCUCCAACAUGUGCUCCCAUUGGUUAAAUCGGCUUUAAAAACAGCUGAGAUUACCCCCGAUGAAAUCGACUGUAUUUGUUACACUAAGGGUCCGGGUAUGGGUGCACCGUUACAAGUGUCCGCAAUUGUCAUUCGGGUUCUUUCACUGCUAUGGAAGAAGCCCAUUGUUGCGGUUAAUCACUGUGUUGCGCAUAUUGAGAUGGGAAGGAUUGUUACUGGGGCCGAUGAUCCUGUUGUGUUGUAUGUUAGCGGUGGGAAUACUCAGGUUAUUGCGUAUAGUGAAGGACGAUAUAGAAUCUUCGGAGAGACUAUUGAUAUUGCUGUUGGGAAUUGCUUGGAUCGGUUUGCUCGUGUUUUAACCCUUUCGAACGAUCCAAGUCCUGGAUAUAACAUCGAGCAGCUAGCAAAGAAAGGUGAAAAAUUUAUCGAUCUUCCAUACGUGGUCAAAGGGAUGGAUGUUUCAUUUAGUGGAAUAUUGAGCUACAUCGAAGCUACUGCCGAGGAGAAGCUAAAAAAUAACGAAUGCACCCCUGCGGAUUUAUGCUACUCCCUUCAGGAAACUCUAUUUGCAAUGCUUGUGGAGAUUACGGAACGAGCAAUGGCUCAUUGUGACUCGAAAGAUGUUCUUAUUGUUGGUGGUGUGGGUUGCAAUGAGCGGUUACAAGAGAUGAUGCGAAUAAUGUGUUCCGAACGAGGUGGGAGAUUGUUUGCAACUGAUGACAGGUACUGCAUCGACAAUGGAGCGAUGAUAGCAUAUACAGGUCUCCUUGCCUUUGCUCAUGGGUACUCAACACCACUCGAGGAAUCAACAUUCACCCAACGGUUUCGUACUGAUGAGGUGCACGCAAUCUGGAGAGAGAAACAAGAGUCGGGUGACUUGAGUGCUCUUCCGGAAUGAGGAAUCUAAAUGCAAGUUCCUAUUAAGGUUUCCAUGAUUGUGUUGGGAUCAGGAUCUUGAAGAUUCAGAAAUGAUUUCAUGUAUUAAUUAUAUUGUUUUGUAGUAGACUUUACUAGGCAAAAAGUUAAAGAACAAACUUUAACUCUGUAUUAUGAUGAAUAUGUCUGAAUAUGUAAAUCAUGUUCUGAAUUUGUUUAUUUGGAAUUGGUAGCUUGAAACUUCACUUUUUUUUUCUUCUUUUAGAAUUACCUCAAAAUUGUAUUUCCUUUAAGUUUUGCAUUAUAA